GUUGGUUCGCCGAGAAGACAAGAGAGGAGAGGUGAGGAAAUUAAUAUCGGCGAGGAUGCAGAUCUUUGUGAAGACGUUGACGGGGAAAACCAUCACUCUUGAGGUCGAGAGCAGCGAUACAAUCGACAAUGUCAAGGCCAAGAUCCAAGACAAAGAAGGUAUUCCACCUGACCAGCAGAGGCUGAUCUUUGCCGGGAAGCAGCUCGAGGAUGGACGAACGCUAGCAGAUUAUAACAUUCAAAAAGAGUCGACAUUGCAUCUGGUGCUGAGACUUAGGGGUGGAAUCAUUGAGCCUUCUCUUAUGGCUCUUGCCAGAAAGUACAACCAGGAAAAGAUGAUCUGCAGAAAGUGUUAUGCUCGCCUGCACCCAAGGGCUGUUAAUUGCCGUAAAAAGAAGUGUGGCCAUAGCAAUCAGUUGAGGCCUAAGAAGAAGAUCAAGUAAGCUUGUUGGUUCCAUGAGUUUCUCUUUUAUGCUGAGGCACAUUGAUGAUUACUCUCCUGGAAGGCUAUUUGAUUUCUGUUCUUUUUUCCAUAAACACUUGCUACAUUUGUUAGUGUUCGAAUGUAGUUAAAUCUUCGAGUUCCCUGUUUGGGCUUUCAUUUUCCAACAAAGCAUCCAUUUUUGUGUUUACUUCGGCUUGUGAUGAUUUAAAAUUGGUACCUUUAUCUGCUCGAAGCUAUUGAAAUGGGUCUUCCCUUGUAUCUUCU